UCUAUUACAACUUAUACUUAAGUUUGAACUCGAGCAUCACCAUUCAUCUCUAUCAAAGUCGUUUUGUUUUAGUUCCUCCCAAAGCUUUUGCUACAAGCUAUGGACUAUGUCCGUCCUUCUUGAACAUCCGGUCGUAAAGCUAUUAACGUCACUUAUGUCUAUCGUUAGCACUAGCGAGCUUGAGCACAACAUCGGUGUGUUUCUUGAGCAAUAUCUCCAGGGCCUAGGAUAUACUGUCGAACGUAUUCCCAUCGCGCCUGGGUCUACGCGUCACAAUGUCUACGCUUACAUUGGUUCCUCCCGUAAGACACGCGUGCUUCUCACAGCUCACAUGGACACCGUACCUCCGCACGUUCCGCUUCUUAUUGAUGGCGAUACCAUCCGUGGAAGGGGAUCUUCCGAUGACCUAGGCCCGCUAGCAGCUCAGAUCAUGGCUGCGGAGGAGUUGAGAAGGGAAGGGAAGCUUCGGACGGAGGGAGAUAUCGGAUUGUUGUUUGUAGUUGGCGAGGAAAAUGGUGGGCAUGGGAUGAUUGCCGCAAAUGAUAUGGAUCUAUCCUGGGAAUCGGGAAUAUUUGCUGAACCAACAGAGAGCAAGCUUGCGAAAGGUCACAAGGGACAAGUGGCCUUCGAAGUCAUCGCCUCAGGCAUCGCAUGUCACUCAGGGUAUCCUCACCUUGGCAAAAGUGCUACCUCGAUUCUUCUUGCCGUAUUGAACGACCUGUCUGCCGCAAGUUGGCCGGAGUCUGACCUGCUCGGUAAUUCAACAUUCAACAUUGGAACUCUUGAGGGGGGAGAGAAACACAACAUUGUCGCUCCAUCGGCCAAGGCGCUCUGCGAAGUCCGCAUGGUAUCUGACCUGCCCGGUAUCAAAAGUAAAAUUGCACGUAUAGUCUCACAGCAUCCUGACGUAAAGUUGCAGUUUGUCUUCGAAUAUCCUGAGGCUCUCUUGGACUGGGAGAUAGAUGGCUUCGAUGCCGCUCCAGUGUCCUUUGGGACUGAUGUCCCUCGCCUCAAGACCGCAUGCUGUGACAAGAGAGUCUUGUACGGACCAGGGUCGAUCCUAGUAGCACAUGGGGCGGACGAGUACAUUCAUGUUCCAGAGCUGAUCAACAGCAUAGCUGGAUAUAAGAAGCUCGUUCUUCACUUUCUUUACCAGAACUUGCGAUAUUGACACCUGACCUUUGGAGGAUAUAGGGCAUAAAAAAGAUUCAUCUAGAUACGCUUUCGAUAUCAUUAGGGAUCAAAGGAUGAUCACACAUCAGAUACUUAAUCUUCCUCUGUGAAAUUCGAUUAUAGAAAUCUGUAGGCUAUUCUGGUGCUCUUGAUUGUCUAAAUUUCUG